GUAUCAACAACGGUCAACGUGGACGGUCACGUCCUGGCGGUCUCAGACAACAUGUUUGUCCAUAACAACUCCAAGCACGGCAGAAGGGCUCGACGUCUAGACCCUUCUGAAGCUACCCCCUGCAUCAAAGCCAUCAGCCCUAGUGAAGGAUGGACCACGGGAGGAGCCACAGUCAUCAUCAUAGGAGAUAACUUCUUUGACGGUCUCCAAGUCGUGUUCGGGACGAUGCUUGUGUGGAGUGAGCUGAUUACACCCCACGCCAUCAGAGUGCAGACCCCACCCAGGCACAUCCCAGGAGUCGUGGAAGUCACUCUCUCCUACAAGUCCAAGCAGUUCUGCAAAGGAGCUCCUGGACGAUUUGUCUACACUGCUUUGAACGAGCCGACCAUCGACUACGGCUUUCAGAGGCUACAAAAGGUCAUUCCCAGACAUCCAGGAGAUCCAGAGAGGUUACCGAAGGAGGUGUUGCUGAAGAGAGCAGCUGACCUUGUGGAGGCUCUGUAUGGGAUGCCCCACAACAACCAGGAGAUCAUCCUGAAGCGAGCGGCCGACAUCGCUGAGGCCCUGUACAGCGUCCCGCGUAACCACAACCAGAUCCCCUCACUGGGCAACACGGCGUCGCACGGCGGCAUGAUGGGGGUCAACUCGUUCGGCAGCCAGCUCGCCGUCAACGUCUCAGAAACAUCACAGGGUAAUGACCAGGGAUACAGCCGUCAAACCAGCAGUGUGUCCCCUCGAGGCUACGUCCCCAGCAGCACACCACAACAGGCCAACUACAACACCGUUAGCAACAGCAUGAACGGCUACGGAAACCCCAUGUCCAAUCUGGGAGUACCCAGUUCACCAGGCUUCCUCAACGGCUCCUCUGCCAACUCCCCCUACGGCAGUAAGUAUCAAGUAGUGCCGUCGAGCCCCACCAUGGCAGCCUCUUCGGUCAGCCUCUCUACAAACUGUAGCAGUACACACGGCAUUUUCUCAUUCUCACCUGCCAAUGUCAUCUCUGCAGUGAAACAAAAGAGCGCCUUUGCCCCUGUUGUAAGGCCCCAAGCUUCUCCACCACCUUCUUGCACCAGUGCAAAUGGCAAUGGACUUCAAGGGAUGUCCGGACUCGUUGUCCCACCCAUGUAAAACGAACACUCUUCUCCCCCCCCCCCCCCCCCGAGCACCAGUCGUCACAAAAGGGGCUGCAGGGGGACUUGUUUAGUACCCUUUAGAAGAUUCUGGUUGAAUCUGUGUCAUCAAUCAUGAAUAAAAUCAACAACAUAUUCUGUUUAUUCAGAGGAGAAAAAAAAAGACUUGUUUCAAAAGAUUUUAUUCAAACAAUUAUGAAUUGUGACAUGCAAGCCACUCUGUCAAUUAACUAUUUAAUUUUAUUGACUGAUUUCUUGUCAUAUUUGACCAUUUCUCAGUCUUGAAGAAAGGAAGGAAGAAAAAAUUAGCUAUUUUGUAUAAAAGUGUCUGGUUUGAUCUUUGGCUUUGUCUAGUUGUUGCUAUGUGUUGGGAGAAUCUUUGAGGAGGAUCAAUUUGAUGAACAACACUGAUGACAAUACCUCAGAACAUGUUUCUCUUUUACACGAUGCAACAACAGUUGAGCGUCUCUAUAAAUGUGAAUUUCUUAUUUCUUUCUCUUUUUAAUUUGUGCUAAAGAGAAAAAGGGCCAAGACAGUGUGAACACAUUUACAACUGGAAAUAAUAUGAAAUAAUAUGAUUUAAUUUUAAAUUUUUUUUUUAAUUAAAAAACAUUAACAUGAAGAGUUAAAUACAAAAUAAUUUGAUUGGCCGACUUACUUUAUCAAUAAAAACAUAUUACUUUCUAAUUUAUUGUAGGUAGAAAUUGUAAGUCAAUGAUUAUUAUUGAUUCUUUUUUUUGCCUUCAAAAAGCACACUAACAGAGAUGAAAAGCUACUGUCUUGUUGGUAAAAAUAAACUACUUCCACUUCUGCAGCUUACAGUUAAGCAAGUGUGAUCUGCAAUGUUUUUCAACUGUUUUUGCUAGCACUGUAUAAUACUCCAUUCUUAGGCUACUGUGAAGUCUAUGUCUCUUGUAUCAGAAGGUUGUCCAUUUACUUCUGUCUCCUUAUUCCCUAAUGUGUUUUUUGUAUGUGGUUAUACAAUUGUAGACUUUUGUGAUUUUGCCAAAGUUGUAGCUAAAUAUUUAUACACUUGUCUUGAAUUUUUUUUCCAGAUCAACUUAAAAUAUUUAGGACAAGAGUUUUAAUUCCUUCUAGAAACAGUGAGGGGUAAAUCAUCGUACACAUCGCAAACACUUUAACAUAAACACUUGCGGUUACUAAGGGAAUUUUUUGUAACAUAUCAAUUAUAAAUAUUGUAUUUAUCUUCAAAUUUUUUUUGUAAAAUUUCUUUCGAUCAUUUAAUUUGAUCUUGUACGUAUUGUUUGUCAUGGCCAGAUAUUGUGAUAUAAUACAGAACAUUAAGCCAAUAACUAUCGCCUACAUUCACUUCUUAUUUUUUUUGUAUCGAUAGAUCGCAAUGUCUAUACAUUUCAUUUGUAUCUCAAAUUGACAUUUUACUUUUGUCAAAAAAGAAUGAAUUUUUGUUGGUCAUAGUUUUUUUUUCUUUUUGUGAAAAAAAAAAACAGUCAAAGUUCAUUGUUUAUUUUUGUAUUAAUAUAAGUUAUAUAAAACGAAAUACUUUUUUUUUUUUGUUGAAAAAAACUGUUUGUUGUAUAGUCAAAUGACUUGUUUGUGACACAUGGCUGUAUCAAUAAUAGUAGACUGUGUGCAUGUCCAGCCGCCCCCCCCCCCCCCCCCCUCCCUCCCUCCCCCAGAGGUAUGAUUCAAUUCUUGGUCGUACAUUUUGGUUUUCGUAGAAUGUAAAAAAGUCAUUUUUUUACCUGCUACCCCAUAUCACUUAGCAGAACUGUCUUAAAAACAGGGAUUUUAAAUUUUAAAAAACACACACAUGAAAAACCAUCUAAUCUGGAUUAGAAAAUACAUGUUAAGAAUCACUGAUGUUUAUUAGAAUCUGUCAGGAGAAGCUCUUUGGAAGGCCCGAGAGUGAUCUGCUGGUUGAAUGACAUCAAUCUGUAUCUACACCACAAUGCCAAUCCUUGCUCCAUGAACAUGAUCUAUGGUGUAAAAAAAAUAAAAAGCACAAACAUUGUAUACUGAAAAUAAUAAAAAAUAAUUAUGGU